AGAUAUUUUAACCACAAAUCUCAAUGUCCUUAUCCGAGACCGAAUCAGUCAGCCAAGUCUCUUUGAAAACCAGAAUAUCAGGGAUUGUGUCCUGUACCCAGAUAUGAGGAAGGUCCAACUGAGAUACCAACAAAGACACAGCCAGGAGUACACUCAGACUAGCUUGGAACAUAGAGUAGCUUUUUGUACCUCUUAUCAGGGUGAUUGACAGUUUGUUGAUAAUUGUGAGAGGUUUUUGUGAGAGGUAUUUCCUCCGCACACUGUUUCAGACUAGAAGGACAGACAAAGAGACAUAGACAGAAAGAAAAGAGAGAGACACACAAAGCAAUAAACACACAGACAUUCAGUGUUGGAAGACAGCCAUGGGAGUUGAGGAGCAGAGGGCUGGGGAGUUUUACGUGGAGAGGGAUGUUAUGAACGAGCUUUGCUUGGACAAGUUGGCCAGAAGACGGACUCACUCCACCAGACCUCUCCUGAAGGAGCGGGUGAAAGAUUCCCUCAGGUGUUCAGUGCCCAAGCUGAAGCGUUCUGUGCUGAGCUUUAUACCUAUCCUGUCAUGGCUGCCUCGUUACUCAGUGAGACAAGACGCACUGGGAGACCUCAUAUCUGGCAUAAGCAUUGGCAUCAUGCACCUGCCUAUGGGUUUGGCCUAUGCUCUGCUGGCCUCUGUGCCCCCAGUGUUUGGCCUCUACACUUCCUUCUACCCUGUACUCAUGUACUGCAUCUUUGGCACCUCCAGACACAUCUCCGUAGGCGCAUUUGCUGUGACCAGCAUCAUGAUAGGCACCACGACAGAGAGGCUGGCCCCAAACAGUAACUUCAUGAUUCUAAAUGGAACCAAUGGGACUGAAGUUAUAGAUGUAGUAGCCCGUGAUGUCGCCAGAGUACAGAUAGCAGCCAGCACCACCUUACUGAGUGGGAUCUUUCUGUUUCUGCUGGGCAUGAUUCGGUUUGGUUUUGCGGUGACGUUCCUGUCGGAUCCCAUGGUACGUGCUUACAUGACAGGAGCAGGUAUACAUGUGGUACUUUCCCAACUCCCAAGCCUCUUUGGGAUCCGCGUUGGACGCUUCUCCGGACCGCUGUCUCAGGUCUAUCUCCUAAUAGAUAUCUGUAGACAUCUGCCAGAGACUAACAUUGCGGCCGUGGUGGUAACUCUUGUGGCCUUGGCGGUCCUCAUAGCGGUCAAAGAACUCAACAUUUACUAUGAGAAGAAAAUGCCUGUGCCCGUUCCAAUAGAACUCAUAACGAUCGUAGUAGCAACACUUAUCUCUUACUACUGCAAACUGCACAGCCUAUACAAAGUGGCCGUCAUCGGACAGAUCCCCAAAGGACUAAAGGCUCCCAGGUCACCUGACGUUAGUAUGUGGGGUUCGGUAGUUGGUGAUGCAUUCGUAGUAGGCAUAGUGGGAUAUGCCCUUAACAUCUCCUUGGGAAAAAUCUUUGGCCAAAAACACGGCUACAAUGUGGACAGCAACCAGGAGAUGGUAGCUAUUGGUCUCUGUAACAUAGUGGGAGGAUUCUUUCAAUGCCACGCUAUUGCUGCUUCUCCGUCACGUACCCUCCUCCAGGAUAGCACUGGGGGCAAGACACAGGUUGUGGGGCUGAUUUCUUCAGUACUUGUGCUGAUCUUCAUUCUGCAACUGGGGUCACUAUUUGAGGAGCUACCCAAGGCUGUCCUGGCCUGUAUAGUGCUUGUGAACCUGAAAGGCCUUUUUAUGCAGUUUAAAGACAUUCCUGCACUCUGGAAGAGCAAUAAGGUCGACCUGCUGGUGUGGUUGGUAACGCUGGUGUGUACUAUCUUACUGAACCUGGACAUCGGCCUAGGUGCAUCCAUCGGCUUCUCUAUGCUCACUGUCAUCUUCAAAACACAACUGCCGAGGUACUCUAUCCUGGGGCAUGUUCCUGGGACUGAGCUCUACCUGGAUACAGACACAUAUGAGGAGGCUAAAGAGAUACCAGGUAUCACCAUCUUCCGUUCCUCCACCACAAUGUACUAUACCAACGCUCAGCUCUACCUGGACGCACUGCAGGAGAAGAGUGGAAUUGACAUUGGAAUGCUGCUGAUGAAAAAGAAGAAAAGAGACACUGAAGAAAAGAGAAAAGACGAGAAAGAAAAAAACAAAGCCAAAAAAGAGGCAAAAAAGAAUGGUGUGAAUGGACGCCUACCCAACAAUACAGUCCAUCCAGAUGACAAGAGGGAUGAGGAGAAAGGUUCCCCAGACCUGAAAUUGAACCAGACAGCCAUUGCCCUAGUUGACCGACCCAUCAACGGACAGGUGAACUGGGGUUUUGAGCAGCAAGGUAACGGGUUCGACCAGGACUCUAAAACUGAUAUUCAUGGCGAUGAUCACAUAACACAGAUGUCCAGUACCGGAAGAGAAGGGGAGAUGGGGAGGAGCUCCGUCAACGACACACACACCAUCAUCCUGGACCUAUCCACAGCCAACUUUGCUGACACGGCCACUGUGAAGACGCUGAAAAAUAUAUUCCUAAACUACAGAAAGAUUGACAUUGACAUUUAUUUAACUGGAUGCCAAGUCUGUGUGGUGGAGCAGUUAUCGAGUGCAGGCUUCUUCUCUGAGUCCAUCCCUAAAAGCUGUCUGUUCGCUACGAUCCACGACGCGGUGCUACACUGCCUCCGACUGCAUGGGGCCUCAGACGUACCCAUCAUCUACGAGUAUGCUCUGGACUUGACCUGCACUACCAACAUGUAACCAACAGGGGUCACUUUGUUCCUCUUCCACUCCACCUUCCUCCUUCCAUAACUUCACCUUCAUCUGCCUGGCUUCCCAUUGGUUCCCCUCACCUCUUCCCUCUCUGUGAAAGAGAAUGCACCACCGUGUGUGCGUGUGUUUUGCCGAUUGGACCAAGGCAGUUCCCCCUUCAUGUUAUGUUAUAUAACUGAACACAAAAUACCUCCCCGAAAUACAACUAUAAAACUCCCCAAAAUAUUUGUCAGCCACCUAAGAUGUGUCGUCUAGUCAGCAGUUCCCUUCACCUCCCUAUUUAAUCCAUUCCUACUGGGGCCAGUGUGUCCCAGACAGUAGUAUGUCCUGUACCUCAGGGGCCUUCUCCCAUAUAUAAAUACACAUUCUUAUAUAUAUACAUACACACACAUAAAUAUACAUACAGUAUACUGUAUAUAUAUAUAUACACACAG